AUUGUUAGGCAUUUUGGCAAUGCAAAACGUGAAGGGGCUAGAGAGGAAGAGGAGAGGUCCCUUGGUAACUAAUCUGAGGGAGAGGUAUUCAACAAGUGGUGGCUCAUCAAAGUAUUCUACAGCGGUUGGCAAUAGAGAGUUUAAAAUUAUAGUGGAUGAAGAAAUGUCUCCUCUUAUUGAGGUGUCAAGAAUGGGAAGCCUGAGAGAGCAGUUGAGAAGGAAUGGUGCUAGGGAUUCCAUGGUAUCUAGUAAAGGCAUCUAGCUUGGCCAAAGAGACUUUGCAUUUUAUAGUGUGUUGGUGGGUAGGAUAACAAUGCAUGAUAUAAUGAUUGUAUACGCUUGUUACCUUGCCAUCAUUUCAAGACUUGGUAGCACUCUUAUUUGUUGGUUGUUUGUUGUCAAGUUGUGCCUGCCCUUCCUAUAUCUAUUGCAUUGGGUAUGCUUUUCUAUUUCUUGACUCGAUUGCUAAUGGAACCUUUUGUUGUUGGAAUGGCAACAAAUAUGAUAAUGUUCUAGUCCUUUUUAGUGUGUGUGAGAUGAAAAGAAGUCUUUUAGUGCUUGAAAAAAAUACUGAUCUUUCUCAAGUCAUAGUUUUUGUAUACAAAGUGGACAACCUUACAACAAGCUAUAAUUUCAUUUUCAUGUAAAAUUUUCCUUGAUACAAGUUUGGAUUUAAUAGUGCAGCAUCUUUAGGACAAUCUAGUCAUUCAUUAAAAUGUAACAUAUUACUCCAUCAAUCCCCUUCCAUUGUUUUCCCUUUGUUCCUCUAAUGUUUAGUUCUAAUUUGAUGAUAUGGUAGUACCCUUUUUCAGGAAGCUUUCCAUUUGAUUACUUCUAGGUAACCCUUAGGUCUUGCUUGUACAAGGUGUAAAACCAAUCUCAUCUUAGUCAUCUUGCUUUUAAGUUAAACACAUUGAAAAUUUAACUUUUCUGGCAAAUGCAAUCUAUAUUUGUGUCUUCCUUCUGAAAAAGAAUGUAGGUUGUGCAUUGAUAUGCUAUGUUAGGGCAAUUUGUAGUUUCAAACAUAAUCUUUGAAUCUUUUAAAUGCUAGUUACAGGUGUGUUGAAAUAUGGGAUUGAUGCAAAAGAUGAACAAUGAAAUUCUCAAUGUUUU